AUGAUCUCUCCCAUCUCUCUCAAGGCCGUCGGUGGUGCCGCUGCUGUUUACUUGUUGGGCCAGCAAGUUCAGUGCCCCUUCAUUGCCAUUCCUCUCAUCGGUGAUGCCAUUGCCAUGACCGUCGCCCAGGUUGGCUCUGCUGCUGCUAGCUUCGGUGGUGCCAUUGCCGCCGGCCACUUCGCCGGCAAGAGAGAUCUCGAGGGUCGUGACACCUUCGUCACCGCUCCCGCUGGUGUCCCUCAGUACAACUUCGACAUGUGCGCCGAGAGCCUGUCCAACCCAGCCGUCACUGUUACCGUUACCGGUCCCGUCCAGAACAAUGGUAUCCAAAUUGAUGGCCUGCCUUCUAACUGCAUGGUCCUCUCCAACGUUUUCGACGGCAAUGCUGCCGGUGGCCCCGUUCCGACUCCUUGUGGCUCUGCUUGCCUUCUCUACAACAACCUGAACCAGGAUCAAUACGGUCAGAUGCAGGCCAUCUUCGAGCGUAUGAAGAGCCUGUAG